ACAAAGCUUUGAAAACACGAAAAAGUUUAAAAGAAAAAAUUAUGGUAUUGUGCUAUGAAAUGGCCGGAUUGCGAAACAAGCAAGUAAGCGGUGUCAAAGCUGCACUGGGAUUAUUUUUUACAAAAUCUGGAGCUUCGGCUCAUUAUGAUUAUUAUAAUCUUCAUAGUACUUGUAUUCCAUCAACAAAUUCAGCUAAACAAAUCGUUCACAUGGCCACCAUAUUAUUUAAUACUAUUAAAUGUCCACCUAUUUCUUAUAAUUCUACAUAUGCGAAUAGUUACAAUUCAGAAAAGUCAAAUUUGAGUUGGGUAUCAAAUAAAACAAACUUAAUUGAAAAUUUAACAAUUCAUUCUUACAAUGCAAAUAUUGCACAAAAGUAUCAUAGAAAAUUUAAUCAAACCAAAUUAAUAGACUGCAUCGAAUUGGAUUUAAAGAAUGCUAAAGAUUAUGUUGAAGCUGUUAAAACAUUUUUAAGCUUGCCAGAAGUAAUUGAAUAUCUAAGAAAUUAUAUUAUUCCACUUCUGGCAGAUUUUCCUGGACAAUUAUUCAUACAAAGAGCUAUUGUAAAAAAAUUAGAAUCUGAAGAAUUACCAAUUCCGAAAGAAAUUAUCCAUCUA